UCACACAAUUGCACCAAGGUCUCAAAACCAACUGACAAAACUUGUUUGCGUCUAGAGCUCCUUUAUUUUCUUCCUAUCAGCCAGAUAAUCCACCAUGGCCUUCACAGUGUCAGAUGAGCUAUUGGGCACCUUCGUUCCGAUCGCAGUGUACUGGAUAUACUCAGGGAUCUACGUGUUGUUAGGGGAUUUAGAGAAUUAUCGGUUGCACACGAAGGCCGAAGAAAAUGUCAAGAACAUCGUCUCCAAAUGGACCGUCGUCAAGGGAGUCCUUGUUCAGCAGGCUUUUCAGAUCGCCGUUUCGAUCCUUCUAUUCACUGUCAUAAGUGAUGACAAUGAGAUUGCAAAACCUCAACCCUCCCUGCUUGUGAUUGCAGUUCAGUUCUUGGUUGCCAUGGUGGUUCUUGACACAUGGCAAUACUUCAUGCACAGAUACAUGCACAUCAACAAGUUCUUGUACAAGCACAUCCACUCCAAGCACCACACCCUCGUCGUCCCCUAUGCCUUUGGAGCUCUAUACAACCACCCCUUGGAAGGUCUUCUGCUCGACACCAUCGGCGGUGCUCUAUCUUUCCUUGUCUCCGGCAUGACUCCUCGGACCGGCGUCUUCUUCUUCUCUUUUGCCACUAUCAAGACUGUGGACGACCAUUGCGGACUAUGGCUCCCUGGGAACAUCCUCCAUGUGUUCUUCAGCAACAACAGUGCAUAUCAUGACGUCCACCAUCAGCUUUAUGGUAGCAAAUACAACUUCUCGCAGCCCUUCUUUGUUAUGUGGGACAAAAUUCUUGGGACAUACAUGCCAUAUUCACUCGAGAAGAGGAAGGAAGGAGGUUUCGAAGCCCGGCCAAUCAAAGACUAGAGCUAAUCAUCCGCGUGGAAAUAUUCCUUUUUUUUUUCUUUAGAAAAACAUAUAUAUUGUAAAAUGAAUUCAUUCAAGUACGUGAUGUUUUGAAGAACUGUAUGCCCAUUUUAUCAGUUAUAGCAAGUGAAUUCAAUAAUUCAUUUUUCAGAAUGAUAUGAGGUUAAAUUUCAACAAA